CGAACGAAAAAUAAACCCCAAUUUUUUAUACCGAUUCAAAAACCCGUGAAGGUCACAAACGUCAAACCGGCAACUGUCAAAAGUGUUUUCGAUGACUGGCUGUUUAUUGUGACUUGUGAAAAAAAAUCAGGUUCAAAUCGUCACAAAUUUUUCAGUCAUCAAAAUGGACUCAAUAGCGACCGAUUCCGGCAAAAUCGUCAAAAUGGAAGUCGAUUACAGCUCGACUUGCGACGAGAAAAUCCCCGAAUGCCAGAAAUUGGCUCAAGCUGGGAAACUCCACGACGCUCUCGACCAACUCUUGGCCCUGGAAAAGCAAACUCGGACUGGGGCCGACAUGGUCUCCACUGGUCGCGUCUUAGUCGCAAUCGUCCAAAUUUGUAAAGAGGCCAGAAACUGGGGGGCCCUCAACGAACACAUUGUUCUCCUAACCAAGAGACGGUCGCAGUUGAAACAAGCGGUGGCCAAAAUGGUGCAGGAAUGUUGCACUUACGUGGACCAAACCCCCGAUAAAGACACAAUGAUUAAGUUGAUUGAUACACUACGCCAGGUUACGGAAGGCAAAAUUUACGUUGAAGUCGAAAGGGCGAGAUUGACGCAUAAACUGGCGAAAAUUCGUGAGGAAGAAGGGAAUAUUUCCGAAGCGGCGAACAUAAUCCAAGAAUUGCAAGUCGAGACUUACGGUUCCAUGGAUAAACGUGAGAAAGUCGAGUUGAUUUUGGAACAAAUGAGGUUGUGUUUGGCCAAACAAGACUAUAUCAGGACUCAAAUCAUUUCGAAAAAAAUCAAUACAAAGUUUUUCGACGAUGAAGGCACUCAAGACCUCAAAUUGAAGUACUACCGACUCAUGAUGGAGCUGGACCAGCAUGAGGGCUCCUAUUUGGCCACUUGUAAGCACUAUCGAGCUGUUUUAAACACUCCAAAUAUUCAGUCGGAGCCUUUGGAACGUCAAAAGGCCGCACGUGCGGUUGUUUUAUACUUAAUACUAGCCCCUCAUGAUAACGAACAAGCCGAUUUGACUCAUCGUGUCUUGGCCGAUAAAGUUCUUGAAGAAAUACCAAUGUACAAACAACUGUUGAAACUCUUCACGACCUCGGAAUUGAUCAAGUGGUCGGGUUUGUGCGAAAUUUACGAAAAAGAAUUGCUCUCAACUCCGGUUUUCAGCGGAAAUGAGCAAGCGAAGAAACGAUGGAAUGAUUUAAAGAAUCGUGUCGUUGAGCACAACAUCCGUGUCAUGGCAAAAUAUUACACCAGGAUUAAAAUUUCAAGAAUGGCCGAUUUAUUGGACUUAUCACCGGCCGAAACCGAGGAAUUUUUGUCUCAAAUGGUGGUCAGUAAAAGUGUGCAAGCCAAGACCGACCGGCCUUCAGGCGUUGUACAUUUUCAACAAAGUAAAGAUCCCAGUGAUGUCCUCAAUGAUUGGGCGCACGAUUUGGCAUCUCUCAUGCAACUGGUCAACAAAACCACGCAUCUUAUUAAUAAAGAAGAGUGUGUUCACAAGCAUCUCCAAGCCACGGCUUGAUUUCUUUUUUGUAUUAUUUUACUAAUAAAUAGUGUGCAUUAUU